UUGUCAGAGUCUACCUCUCUCAUUUGCUAAUUGUUAUCUUCUCGCUCGUCCUGUGACUUGUGAGCUCGACAAAUCAAAGUCCAGGAUUGGAGAUAAGAAGAAGAAAUCAUAUAUAUCAUUCUUCUUACUAAAAAUCAGCUCAUCAUCAAGCAUUGUUUAUUGCUUUAUUGCUUAUGCUUCUUCUUAAUUCUUAUUAUUAUACUACUAGCUUCUACACUACAUUAAUUAAUACAAGUAUUAUAUUUCAUUCUGUCUAAGUAUAAUUAGCAACUUAAGCUUGGCAUGGCUUCUUUACGUUGUUAUGCAUUAAUACGCUUAGUUAUGGUUUCAUUAUGCUUAUUACUAUUACUUGCCACCUUGCAGGUAGUCAUGGGAUCCCGCCCCCUCCACAACGACUGUCAUGGAAAAGGCGGCAAUGCUCCAUUGCCACCAUCACCACCACCACCACCACCACCGUCGAUCAACUCAACAAAGGGGCAUCACCAUAAGUGGGUUGGGCCAUCCGGCUAUCGGCAUAUCACCGUCGAUAUUGGUGGUGAUGGAGAUUAUAUUUCCGUUCAAGCAGCUGUGGAUGCUGUCCCGGACAAUAAUAUGGUUAAUGUCGUCAUUCAUAUUCGUCCUGGACUCUACAUUGAAAAGGUAGUAGUGCCCGCAUUAAAGCCGUACAUAACAUUUGAAGGGGCAGGAAGAGAAGUGACGAUGAUUGAGUGGCAUGAUAGGGCUUGUGAUCCCGGCCCCGAUGGAGAACAGCUUCGCACCUACCGCACCGCCUCAGUUACCGUCUUAGCUAACUAUUUCUCCGCCAGAAAUAUCAGUUUCAAGAACACGGCUCCAGCUCCUCUUCCAGGAAUGCAAGGAUGGCAGGCGGCGGCAUUCAGGAUAUCAGGCGACAAGGCUUAUUUUUCAGGUUGUGGAUUUUAUGGGCAUCAAGACACCUUAUGUGAUGAUGCUGGUCGCCAUUACUUCAAGGACUGCUAUAUUCAGGGCUCCAUUGAUUUCAUCUUUGGCAAUGGUCGUUCCAUGUAUAAAGAUUGUGAGAUACACUCGACAGCAAAACGGUUCGGGUCGAUAGCUGCUCAAGACAGGAGAUCCCUAGAUGAGAAGACAGGAUUUGCAUUUGUGAAUUGCAGGGUGACAGGGAAGGGACCACUUUAUGUAGGGCGAGCUAUGGGGCAAUACUCCAGAAUAGUCUACUCGUAUACAUAUUUUGAUGACAUUGUUGCUCAUGGUGGUUGGGAUGAUUGGGACCAUAACAGCAACAAAAACAAGACUGCGUUCUUUGGGGUGUACAAGUGUUGGGGUCCAGGAGCUGCGGCAGUCCGUGGUGCCUCAUGGGCUAAAGAAUUGAACUAUGAUAUGGCCCAUCCCUUCCUUGCUAAGAGCUUUGUUAAUGGACGACAUUGGAUUGCACCUGCUGAUGCUUAGCUUAAUUAAACAACACAAUCACCCACAAUCCAUGCCCCACACAAGAUAUAUAUUCUUUUAUUAAGACAUGUAUGCAUGUAAUUUGUUUUGUAUUUAAGUUAUUACUAAAACCACACAUUAUUUUUACAUACAUAAUAAACAUAUCAUGUAUAUAGAAUUAUACAAGUAUACUCAAAAGUCAAAAUACAUAAUCCUGAAUUUUUCA